CCCGCCGCAGCCCUGACUUCCGCGCGCCGGGGGCGGCCUGGGGACCAUGGCGGGCCUGGACGCCGGCCCGGCCAUCCCCGUGUGGCUGGCUGAGGACGACCUGGGCUGCAUCAUCUGUCACGAGCUGCUGGCCUGGCCCGCCACGCUGCCCUGCGGCCACAGCUUCUGCCGCGGCUGCCUGAAGGGUCUGUGGGGCGCGGGGCGCCACUGGUCCUGCCCCACCUGCCGCGAGGGCGCCGCGCAGCCGCUGCAGCUGCGGAAGAACACGAUGCUGCAGGACCUGGCGGACAAGUACAGCCUGGCGGCGCGCGAGCUGGAGGGUCCCAGCCCAGCCCCCGGCCCAGCGCCCGGGCCCCGGCGCCGCCCCGCGCAGCUGCCGGUGGCGGCGCAGAAGAGCGUCACAGAAGUCGGCCGGGAGCUGGCAGAGCUGGUGGAACGGCUCAUAGAUAUUGUCAGGGGGCUUCAGAGUCAGAGACACCUGCCAGAAUCUGAACCAGACAAUGAAGUGAGCAUCCUGGCUGUGGCUUUGUCGGAUGGGGUGGACCUUUCCUUGGCUUCUCCAAAACUGACUUCCAGUACACCUGAGGGAAAAAUGAGAGACAUUCUCCAUGACCUAGAAGGGAUCCAGGAAAAACUACAAGAAAAUUUCACGUGGAAAGAGGCCCUUGAAGAACAAACUCCGGUUGAACUCCAGGAAUCUCCGUCUUCCUCCUCAUGCCCACUGCCUGACCGGAGCCACCUUGCACCCGAGAGGACUUCCUCUUUUGCUCGUUGGGCCAUCAAUCCAACCUUUGAUCUUGGGAGCCUCUCCUGUAGCCUGGAGGUGUCCAAGGAUUGCCGGACGGUGACCGUAGCUCACUGCCCACAGCCCUAUCCCUGGAGUAAUGACAGGUUUGCCUCCUGCCAGGCCUUAUGUUCCCAGGCCCUCUCUUCUGGGCAGAAGUACUGGGAAGUGGACACUCAGCGUUGUAGCCACUGGGCAGUCGGGGUGGCUUGCUGGGAGAUGAGGCGUGACCAGAUCCUGGGAAGGACCAGGGACUCCUGGUGUGUGGAGUGGAAAGGGGCUAGCCGGCUCUCUGCAUGGCACAUGGCCACGGAAACUGUCCUCGGCUCAGACAGACCUGGUGUGGUGGGCAUCUGGCUGGACCUUGAGGAGGGAAAGCUUGCCUUCUAUUCCGUGGCUGAUCAGGCAAAGCUUCUGUAUGAGGGUCCCGUCUCUGCCUCCGUUCCUCUGCACCCUGCCUUUUGGCUCUAUGGCCUAUACCCUGGAAACUCUCUGACUAUACGGCAAGUAAAUGUAUAAACAUUCCCUGGGUGU